GCUGUAUAUGAGGGUUAUGGUGAUCCGCAGCAGUAGAUGGCGGUGUGGGUGGUGUUAGUGAGUAGACACACACGGCAGUGACACACUCUGGGUGUUGUGCAGGAACAUGGCGGCGGUGAUGAGGAUGAGGAUUGUACAGACGUCUUUCCGGCCCAUUUCAGGGCGCUGCUGUUUCUCUGCGGCUGUGGCCAAAUCAGUUAGUUUGUGUGCUACUAGACCUCUUCCAGAAAAGGUGAAGAUAGUGGAAGUUGGACCCAGAGAUGGACUGCAGAAUGAGAAGACCGUCGUUCCAGCUGAGGUGAAGAUCCGUCUGAUUGACAUGCUCUCAGAGGCGGGACUUCCUGUCAUUGAGGCCACCAGUUUUGUCUCGCCUAAAUGGGUCCCACAGAUGGCUGAUCAGGAGGAAGUGAUGCGAGGCAUCAGCAGGAAGCCUGGAGUGAAUUAUCCAGUGCUGACUCCUAACCUGAAGGGCUACAGAGCUGCUGUGAAGGCUGGAGCGAAGGAGGUGGCGAUAUUCGGCGCUGCCUCAGAGCUCUUCAGUAAGAAGAACAUUAACUGUUCGGUGGAGGAGAGUCUGCAGCGCUUCGAGGAAGUGAUGUCGGCGGCCAAACAGGAAGGAGUCCCUGUACGAGGCUAUGUGUCAUGUGUCCUAGGAUGUCCUUACGAAGGCAAAGUCUCGCCACUGAAAGUUGCCGAUGUUGCAAAGCGUCUGUACGCAAUGGGCUGUUAUGAAAUCUCACUGGGUGACACGAUCGGAGUGGGUACGCCAGGCGGCAUGUCUGAGAUGCUGGAGGCGGUGAUGAAGGAGGUGCCUGUCAGUGCUCUGGCUGUUCACUGCCACGACACGUACGGCCAGGCGCUCGCUAACAUCCUGGUCGCUCUGCAGAACGGCAUUAGCGUCGUGGACUCGUCGGUGUCGGGAUUGGGUGGCUGCCCGUACGCUCAGGGGGCUUCUGGAAACGUGGCUACAGAGGACGUUGUGUACAUGCUGCACGGACUCGGCAUCCAUACAGGAGUAGAUCUGCAGAAGCUGAUUGAUGCCGGAUCGUUCAUCUGCCACUCUCUCAACAGACGAACCAGUUCCAGAGUUGCUCAAGCUUCAUGUAAACUGUGACCUCAACUCAAGAGUGUCUCUGUGUGUUGUGUGUGUUUUGACUCUGUCUGUUUGGAAUGACAUACUUCUAGCCUAAUCUAAUAACGAAUACUCCAGGUAACGUUCAUCCCGAUUGUGUUGAUUUUAACUCCAAUCCUUCGCUCUCUCUGAAUCUGAAAUUUCCUGCAAAAGAACAGGAAGUACCCAUAGCCCUCUAGAGCCUAAUGAACGGAUGCACGAUAUUGUGUAUGCUUUAGCCUGCACCACACACUGUUUCCAGCUGAUACACACUUUCCAUUUGUUCCCAUAAUUGAAGGAAGCUGCAUGAAUCAGCGGCUUGUUUUCAGAAGACACUUGCACUGGAGGAUUUCUCAUGAAUAGGUCUGUAAUUAAAUACACACACACACAUUUCAUGUCUGUUUAUUAGGGAAGCAUGUACAGAGACUGCUUCUCGUCUGGAUGCCUCACACUUGACAACCUGUGUGUGUGUAUGUGUGUGUGGCUGGCUGGCUGGCUGGCAGUGAGCUACAGUCUGGUAUAAAUAUACAGAAGCAAGUGUGUAAACUGUCUAGUGUCUUAUAAUCAGGGAAGCAGCUCAAGUUCCUCUUGAUGGCUCGAUAUUGUCGUUUUCAUCCCUUAAUGAACCAAAAAUCAUGUAAAGGCAUUAUUUCUUGAUAAGGCACUAAUGUGAACAAUGGUUGUUUGCUUGCUGUUAUCUUUUCCGUAAGAAGUGCGAUUGUUCUCAGUUCAUCGUUACUGCUGAUCCACUGUCCAGUCCUGUUUCGAGCCCUAAUAUGGUCCUGCAAAAGCUGCAUCCUUUCCAGAAGCCCUUACGGCAGUCAUUUAAAGAGGUCUGUGGAGCAAAAUGUCACCGUUGGCUCUCACAUUAAUAUUGCUUGGUAUUGCCAAGAUACAACCAAAGACAAAAUAAAAACAUGACCUUAAAAUUUAUGAGUAUAUUACAUGCUGCACUCUGAAACACGAAUGGCAUAAUCGGCUCAAAUCCACGUAGCUAAUGCGCUGUUCAAGAAAAAUUAAAAACCACAAGGAAUAUUUUUACAACUGGAAAAAGACCUUAUACCACAGCACUGUCGGAUUCUCAAUUCUGAUUGAUCAGAUGGCAGUGAUUAAUUUUCUGUAACGGCAGCGUUACAUUUUUACAUUUUUAUUUAUCACAGGGUCAUAUUUACACAGCUGUAUGCAGCUAAUGCAUCUACAGUAACAGCUCAUUCACAAGAACUUGUACAGGAACCAAUUCCGCACAAUUCUGAAUCCGUUUAACGUUUCUGGAAGGAGCCUCCAGUGUCAGCGCUUUGCAACAGUCAUAGGUAAAGCUACAAUUUCAAGUUUUCUGACAUCUUCAGGAUAGAGGAGUUUGUUUUUAUCCGUUUUUUCAGUAAUAUGACAAGCUGAGUUGCGUUUUUUGCUUAUUAACUUCAGGAGAAAAAGAGGCUGGUGAGGUAGCGAAUGUUUAUAGCGGAUAUAACGUAAGCGAGAACAGGAACUAACCUGUUUCACAGACAUUCCACAACAUUAAAUGUAACUAUAAAUGGCUAAAAAUGUAAAACCUUUCAUUCUUUAAUAAAUAAAAAAAUUUAUUCAUUGGCAGACUGCUGUGGUACAAGGGGGAUAACAUACUUUGGGCACUGCUGCUUGUUGGAAAAUAAUCAACUUUAAGUUGGUAGCCACGCAUUUCCUGUUUUCUGCACUUAUGGCUGUAUCUGAACAGCUGCUUGUUAAUAUGCACUGUCAUUUAAACACUGCUGACUUUUUCAUUUUGGGAAAAAUGAAACGUGUUACUAUUUUAGUCAACUGCAACAACUACUAGAUCAGGAAUGCAGUAAAGAAUGUUAAGCCUCAGCAGCAUGAGAAAGGCCCAUGCUAGGUUUUCUUCUCUAAAAGAAAAGUUUCUUGUAGCAAACGGUCGACUGAAGAGACGCCGCAGGAUGGACUUCGCUGUGCUGUUUAAUUUAUUUUUACUUGUUUGUGCUUGUCGUGGCCUGAUGGAAGACAGGCGCUUCACGCUGCUGAUGGAACGUUGGGAGAGAGUUUAUUAAAGUCUACACACACUAAUUUAAUUUCCUUUCUGUGUAUGGAUCUUCAGUAUAUAUUUGAUUGAAUGAUUGAUUAUACAUGAAUUAUUUUUGAAAUAACUUCAAACUUUACUUAUGUACAUUGUAUAUCUGUUACUUACGGAUACAUUGAUAAAUGCUGGAUUCAAAUAAACAGUGGUUAUGUAAUAAGUA